AUGGGCCACAAAUCCGAAAAAAGCUGCUCCUGUGAGUCUGUUGUGUCAAAGCGCAAACAAAAUCCUGAUACAGACGCAGAUUAUGAUAGUUCUGAUGAAGAAACACCCGCUUUUGUCGACGUUGACUUUGAUUUCUGCAAUUUGAACGCUGAGGUCGAUUACCAUGCUAUCAAUCAGUUAUUGAUUCAACUGUUCGGCGCGGGCGCCGAAGGCUUGCAGACAGGAACGUCAACAGAUUUGAUCUUGUCGGCAGCGAACUCUGGCGUCGAGAACACCAUCAAAACAAAUGGCGAAGAGAGCAACCCGUGUACUCUUCCUACUGUCUUGAGCUGCGAUGCAUACCGAGUACGCUUACCUCCUGAUUUUAAUUUCUUAGCGUUCACUGAUGGACAAAACGAGCACAGGAUAGUCCUGCUGUGA